AUGAGGCCAGUGAGGACUGUCCUCUCCCGAGGCCACUUGCUCCUCGUGCUGGUCCUGGUGCUGCUCCUGGUUGACACCUUUGGCGAGGAUUUAAUUUUUCACCCGGAGUGGGGGUUUGACUCCUAUGAAGUCACCAUCCCCAAGAAACUGAGCUUCCGGCGAGGGGAGCAGGGUGUGGAAAAGCACGUGUCCUACCUCCUGCAGGUAAAAGGCAAGAAGCAUGUCCUUCACCUGUGGCCCAAGAGGUUUCUGUUGCCCCGACAUCUGCCCGUGUUCUCCUACACGGAAGAGGGGGAACUCCUGGAAGACUACCCUUAUAUACCCAGGGACUGCAACUACAUGGGCUUGGUGGAAGGAGUGGAGGAUUCCGAAGCUACCUUCAGUACAUGCACGGGGGGUCUCCGAGGCGUAUUGAAAAUUGGAGCCGAGCAUUACCAAAUCGAGCCCCUUAAGGCCUCUUCCACGUUUGAACAUGUCGUGUAUCUUCUGAAGAACGAGGAGGAAUUUCAAGAUCAGAUCUGUGGCGUAAGGGAAGAGGGUAUGGACGAGCAGAUGAACCAGCCUGAGAAUAUGGCUAGCAUAAGGAGUUUUCUUCGACCCUCUAUGCACCAAAAGUACCUGGAAUUAGCCCUGAUCUUUGAUCGUGAGAGAUAUUUGCACUCAGAUUCCAAUGUUACUUUAGUCACAAAUGAUGCCGUUCUCCUGACUUCAAUUAUGGACACUUACUUUCAGGAACUCAAUGUGAGAAUACAACUGAGCUCAGUUGAAAUAUGGACAAGUUAUGACAGAGCAAAUGUUGCUUUUGCAACAUUACAGGAAGCUUUAGGCCAAUUUUUGAUAUACCAAAAAAAUGUACUGAGUCGUAAGUCUAACAUAGAUUGGUCACAACUCUAUAUUAAAAGACGUUAUAGCGAUGCUCUGGCAUGGUCCUGGGGAAAAGUGUGUACUAAGAGAUAUGCUGGAUCUGUAAGUGUUUUUCUAGAUGAUUCUGUCCUUGGACCUGCCACUUGGGGUGCUCAUAACCUGGGCCAUAGUAUGGGGAUGGAACAUGACAACAAAUACUGCAGAUGUAAGGGUCGGCGUAGUUGCAUCAUGAACUCUGGACGAAUUGGGUUUAGUAAUUGUAGUGUUGUCCAGUUUUUUAACCACGUACGUAAAGAAGCAAGCUGUCUAGAUAAUAUCCCAGAACAAAAAUUUGUGCUUAAGAGAUGUGGAAACAAAAUUGUGGAAGACGAUGAGGAAUGUGACUGUGGUUCAUUAGAGGACUGUGAAAGAGACCACUGUUGUGAAGCGGGCUGUAGAUUCAAACACGGUGCCAACUGCAGCACUGGGCUUUGCUGUCAUAACUGUCACUUUCGUCCUUCUGGGUAUAUGUGUCGGAUGGAAGAAAAUGAAUGUGACCUUGCAGAAUACUGCAAUGGGGCCUCAGGUGUCUGCCCAAAUGACACAUAUAAGCAGGAUGGAACUCCAUGCAAGUAUGAAGCCCGUUGUUUCAAGAAGGGCUGUCGAUCCACAUACAUGCAGUGCCAACACAUUUUUGGACCGGAUGCCAGGGAGGCUCCUAUCGAGUGCUAUGAAGCAGUUAAUUUAGUAGGUGAUCAAUAUGGGAACUGUGGCCUCAUGGAAACUGGCUCCUAUAAAAAAUGUACCAAGGCACAGGCAAUAUGUGGCAGGGUACAGUGUAUAAAUGUCAGAACCCUCCCUGAUUUGCCAGAUCUUACUAAUGUAAUUUCUACUCAUCUCAAGGAUGAAAAUCUCAUGUGCUGGGGCACAGGCUACCAUCGGUCCUUGGUACCCAUGGGGAUUCCCGACAUAGGUGUAGUAUAUGAUGGGACCUCCUGUGGAACGGACCGGGUAUGUUUGAACACAACUUGUAUGAAUAGUUCAAUGCUGGAUUUUGACUGUCUGCCUGAGAAGUGCAACUAUAGAGGCUUUUGCAACAAUAACAAAAACUGCCACUGCAGGUAUGGCUGGGCACCGCCCUUCUGCGAGGACGCCGGGUUUGGAGGAAGCGUGGACAGCGGGCCGCCGGGAAUGCUGAAAGUGGAGGUGUACGACACCCUCCAAAUCGUGUCCCUUAUGUCACUGCGCCUUGUUUUGUUAUUCGCCUCAAUAAUUAUUGUGUUUUUUAGACAGUCUGUAGGAAAUUAUUUAAAACCCGAACAAACUGAAGCACCACUAAGUAAUACUGGAGUUACAGAAACACCACCGAGUAACGCUGAAGUUAAGAAAACACCACCAAGUAACGCUGAAGUUAAGAAAACACCACCGCCUAAAACUAAGGUUAAAAAACCCAAGGCAAAAGAUACUAAAAAAACGAAAAAGAAAUAA